AAACCCUACCCCCUUUUCUUCCUCCUCCUUCCCUUUUUAUUCACCACCAUUCCACCGCCUCUUAUCUAAUUAGGUUUUCUGUCACUCCUUAUUUCUUCAUUCUCCAGGUUAUAGCCUUUAGCAUUUGAAUAAUUUAGACGUCAUAAAUGAAGAAGAAGCAUCAGAGGGCACAUUCAGUCACUUCUGAUGCUGUUGAUACCCCAAAUACUGACCUCAAAACUUUAAUCCACGACAACGCCCAGUUUUUCGAUAAGCUAAUAGAGUUAAUUCCUGCAAAGUUUUACCUUCCGGUUGACGAAGAUUCAAAAACAUGGGUUCAAGGACUUAGUAAAGUCAAAAGAGCUUCUAUGAAGCAACAGACACGCCAAAACAUUAAGCAAUCUCGUCGUGAUCGUCUUGACCCCGAGAAAUCACAAACGACGACGCUUGAUCUUCUUAAGAAAAAUAUUGGUAAGGCUGGGAAGGGUAGUGACGAUGAUGAUGAUGAUGAUGAAGAGGAGGAGAUUGAGAUUAAAGUGAAACCGAUAACGGGUUUUGAUGGUGAAAGUAGUAAUAGUAAGUCUGUUACUUAUGAGGAGUUGCAGCAGAGAUUGCAUCAAAAGCUUGAAAUGCUUCGGUCUAAUCGUGGUCAAGGGAAACGAACAAUGAGGAUGAAUGAGAUUAGGGAGAGUGGCGAUUUUACUGAUAAGAAGCGGAAAAGGGAGGAUCGUGUUAGUGGUAAUGACAGUAAGGGUGCUAGUGGUAGUGGUAAAGGUAAGGAGAAGAUCGAGACUGAUUUUGAGUUUGGGAAAGUGAAACUGGGAGACGAAGAUGAGAGUAAGAAUAAGAAAAUGAAGAAGGGGUCAAAAGUAAAGGAAUUGGAGAAAGCACAGAAGUUGAAGGAAGCUAGGAAAGAGAAUCCGGUGGUAGCUACAAAGCAUUCGUGGAAGGCUGCAACUGAUAAGGCGAUGGGUGUGAAGGUUCAUGAUGACCCGAGGCUUUUGAAGAGAAGUUUGCAGAAGGAAAAGAAGAGGCGUGAGAAGAGUGCAGGGAAAUGGAAGGAUAGAGUCGAGACUCAGGAUAAGCUGAGGGAGGAGAAACAAGCGAAGAGAAGAGGGAAUAUAGAGGAGAGGGCUAACCAAAAGAAGGCGAGAAAAAUUGCGAAGAGAGAGAAGAAGCUCAUGAGGCCUGGAUUUGAAGGGCGAAAAGAAGGUUAUAUUGGUGAUAAAAAGGACUAAAAGCUGCGUGAAGGUUAAUCCUUUCUUGGAUUUUUUAUGUUUCAUUUUACUAUGAUGCACUGUUUUUUACUCGUAUUUCUCAGUAGCUUUAGAAUUUGGGCUGUAUUUUGAUAAUUUUGGUUUCGUUUUAUUAUAAUGCGACUUGAAGAUUUUGCAA